AUGGCGGAUUUGACCCAAGUUGCUCCAACUCCUAGUCCAGCCGCUCAACGCGUGGAAGAGCAACUGAACGUCGAGGAGCUCAAAAAACUAUGUAAGGUCUUUAAUUAAAACAGCAUUUUAAGUCUAAACCAUGCUAUUUAACUGGAUGAACUCUAAAAACAAGUUAUGAUAAAGUAUGGUUACCUCUAGUUAAAACUACUGACGUAACGCCAAUUUUUAGUUGCUAUUCCGAUCAAAGCAGAUGAUGAAGAUCAAGUCAAGGUACGUGAAGAUGCCAUUCUGGCUGUAGCUAAAAAGUUGAGUGAUGAAAAAAAUACAGAUGGUAAGUAUUGGUUUCUAAUACUUUUCGAACAUUAUUUCUUUACUUCUCUCAGUAUAUUAGAUAAAAUAUUUCAAGACCUACUUCGUAUAACUUGACACCGGCAGCCUGCGGAAAAGUUCGUGAUUUCGCUCGACAAUUUUUUGUCGAAGAUCGAGUUUGUUUUGUAAAAUGCUUUUUCGUGAAUUAAAAGUAACGUAAAAUUGACUUCCAAAGCUACUUACAUUCUCUUUUCAGAGUUGAAGCAUCUGAUCCAGUCCACUCGGCCAUUCCUUUGUUUGUUGGGCAAAGCCAAAGCCGGAAAACUUGUAAGAACUCUGAUCGAUUUCACGCUGGGAAUCGACGAAGAUGCCAGUGUUAAGGUAGGGCUGUCUGCUGCGUUUUAAUUUUGACUUCAGAUUCAGGUCGAAGUGUGCAAAGAAUGUAUUGAAUGGGCACGAAGCCAGAAGCGGGUAUUCUUGCGGCAGACACUGGAAGCUCGACUGAUUCGGUUGUACAACGAUAUUGGAAAGUUCACGGAAGCUCAGGCUUUAGGUAUGUGGUUAUAGUUUUGUGCUUAUUAUUAGGUUUGAUGGUUUUAAAGUGUAAUAUGAGGAUUUUCUUGAUUUUGUGGAUAAAAUUUACUAAAGUAUUAUAAAUUGCAAUUAAUUUAAAUUUUCUAUAUGUAUAUUUGAUGUAAACCCUUACUAUGCUUCUAAUAUUUUAAUUUCUAGCUAAUACAUUAAUCAAGGAGCUGAAGAAGAUAGACGACAAAGAUGUGUUGGUUGAAGUUCAGAUCGAGGAAAGUAAAGGGUUAUAUUGUCUGGGAAACCUGUCAAAGUCCAAAACUGCUCUGGUCGGAGCUAAGACUACCGCCAAUGCAAUGUUUAUGAACAAUAAAAUGCAGGUACAGGUUUUAGUUUAAGUAUGAAGGUAAAUAAAGUUAUAUUGGCUAAAUAGAUUUUAUAUGGCUGACUUUGAACAAUAUGAUGUUGAUUUGAGGAGUCUUUUUGUUGUUUUAUUUUUUUUACUAUCUAAAUUGGCAUUUUUUAUUGAUAUGGUAUUGUUCAAUAAGACUAAUGCUAUCUUUUUCAGGCUGAACUUGAUCUUCAAUCAGGAGUCUUACAUGCUUCAGAAGACCGUGACUUCAGGACCGCUUAUUCUUACUUCUACGAAGCGUUUGAGAAUGCGGAUAUGGCUGAAGAUAAGGUGUUGUCAGUGAGAGGCUUGAAGUACAUGUGCUUGGCCAAGAUUAUGCUGAAUGAUCCAGAUUCCAUCGACAAGAUUCUGUCAGGGAAACAGGCUCUAAAGUAUCGUGGAACUGAAUUGCAGGCGAUGAGGGAAUUGGGAUUGGCUUUUAAAAGCCGGAUUCUGAAGGCUUUCCUCCAGGUAUUUUCGUUAGAUUUUUUACAUUGUAUUAGGUUUAAUGGUGUUGUGAUUGCUUUAAAUUAGUAUGAUCUUCAUUUAGGCGUUUGAAAAGUACCAAAAAGAGCUGAAGGAAGACCGCGUCAUCAAGAUCCACUUCUCAGCUUUGUCCGAAACCAUGAUUGAGAAGGAGUUGUGCCGUUUGUUUGAACCAUACUCUGUCGUUGAACUUAAGUACAUCUCUGAUAAGAUUGGACUGCCACAAGUUAGAGUAGAGAAGAAGAUUGCGAUGAUGUUGUUGGACAAGAUCUUCUACGGAUGUCUAGACCAAAGUGAUGGGGUUUUGUACGUCUACAACACUCCAGGAAAGGAAGAAGGGUACAAGAAUGCGGUCGAUAUUAUUCAUUCGCUAUCUGAUGUAAGUUUUUGUUGCUUUGAGAUGUUGUUGAACUUGAAACGGAGGCUUUUUGGACAUUCAGGGCUGAUUUUGAACAGAAGAUAGUUUUGUUUGUGUCUGUAAGCUCCUAAAUUUAUGUUUUAAAAUUAAGAAAAGGCUAAUACAAUGUUUUUUCAGUCAGUCAACGCUACUUAUUUACUGGCCCACAAGCUCAGAUUGAUGGAAACCAAGAUAAAAGCUCCUCCAAAGGCUCCAGAACCCAAAAAGAAGAGAAGAAGACAGAGGAGAGCCAGAAGUGCCAGUAACAAGAGCUCUAGCAGCAACGUCAGUUCACGCUCAACUUGA